AACGACGAUAACUCAUACAUUCGAAAGAAUACUGCUACUUGCUCCCUCUCCCCAACCUCCAGCCCCUUAGUUGGGGUUCUAUGUUCCUUUGGUUUGGCUUGUAUUGUUGCUGUUGCUGUUGGUUGGGGUGUUUAUGUUGAUGGUGUGUAGUUCUUGUUGUUGUUGUAUAAGUACAUAUUUUUGGGUGUGAAAACGAAAGUGAAAAUCUAGCACAGCAGCGCACACCAGAACAACGAGGCCCAAACAAACGACCAACAAAACGGCCGACCAACCGACCGACAUACCUAACGAGCAACGAGCACACCAGUGAACAAGGGAGCCAGUGGGGCAGGGCACUAGACAGCAGGCAGCAAGAAACAAACAGCAUUGUUAGCAAUAAUUGUCGUUGUUGUCAUUGUUGCUGCCAAUGUUGAUGUUAUUGUUUUUGUUGCUGCUGCUACUAACAUUACUGAGUACGUACGUACGUUAGCCUUACGUACAUACGUUAGGUUUGCGUGCGUACUCUACUAUUGCCACAUGUACCAAAAUUCAUCUUGUUCUUGUUCUUGUUUUUUUUUUGUUCUCCUCUGUUGUUCCACAUAGAAGAGCUGCUGCUCCCUUGAUCUGUGUGAAAAUAUCUGAUGCUGCUGCCAUCUCUUCUUCUUAUUCUACGUCGUCGACUUCGUUGUCGUUGUAACACUCAACACUCCUGGGUGGAUUAUUGUUACAUAAAAUAAAGAAACAAAGUUUGUAAAUACUAAAAAUAAGAAAAAAUAAAUACGAAAAGUGUAAAACAACGCAAACUAAACGAAACGUCACAAAGUUCUCAUUAGCACGAAAAAUAGCAGAAAAAACGAAAGAAAUGCUGAAAAAACGAAAAGUGAAAGAAAUCCCUUGAGAAAUAUCCAUACAAAAAAAAAAAAUGAAAAAAAGCUCAAAUAAAAAAAACAACAACAACAAGACAAACAAAAUAUCCUGUGAACCAGAACAAUAAUAACAACAACAACAACAACAUAUAGCAGACUACUACAGUUGCCCUUACUAAAGAGAGGAAAAACACCAAAGUUUAAAGCAGAAAAGAUUGCCCCAAAACGCAUCCUUGAGUUCUUUUUGGUCUGCUUGCAAAACAGAUGCGACAUCCAUGUUCCCAGCACAAACAACAAACAGCAGCCCAACACCGUAAAUGAUUGAAUAGCUGGUUGACUAAUGGGGCUGGUGGCUUGAAGGGCUGCUAAAUUGCGUGAAAGUGUAUGUCCAUGUGACGUCAAAAAUCGUAAUCAUUUGUUGUUAUACAUAGAUAUCAAAAAUUCUUCUCCCAACUCUUGUUGUUGUUAUAAUUAUUACUGUUCACCACAGCAUUGCCAGAGCCAGAGCUUCUAUUGCUGCUGUGGAUGCUAAACAGCAUCACCAAUCUCAGAACGCUGGUGGCACGCUAAGCGAAAAAAAAAGAAACAAAAACAAAAAGAGUUUAGCCUUACAAGUGAGAGCAUCCAGCUACCAACAUUUGUGAGUCUGCUGGCGACGAGAGUGUGUGCGUGUGUGGUGGGAUUUUUGAGUGAGUGAGAUUCCUUUUUGGGAGCAUAGCAAAGGAAAUCACCCACCGGCCAGCCAACCACCACCCCCUCCUGAACUAAACUCAUCUAACCAACCCCCCCACUCCCCCACACUCCUUAACAAACGUCGUCUUCGACGUUUUGUUCACCUUAGCUUAGCUUGGCUUAGCAUAGCAGACAACAACCAGAAUACCAGAAUGGAGCAGCCCAGUAUACUUGUUAGAAUUUUACACUCGAUACCGCAUGUGAACUACACAUUUCAGCGGGUUAAUGACACCUUCAAUCCGGACAGCGAUGUUUAUCUCGAGAGUCUGGGAAUUCUUGCUUCCAUACCCGCCGGUCUAUUGAUCUUAUCACUGUUCGGUUUGCUGCUGUAUCUGCUGACACGUUGCUGUGAUCGCAAGCCAAGGAAGCCCAGUGCCCAACGAUGUCAAAGUUGUACACUGGUGAUAAUCACAUUAAUGACAUGUGCUUCAAUAGGUUUAGGUCUCUAUGGUAAUGAUGAUUUCCAUAACGGUUUGUUACAAGCAUUCAGUUCCGGCAAACAAGUGGAAGGACUUGUAUUAAGUUUGAAACGACAGACUGAGGCGAUUAAAAAUGAUCUCGAAACGAAAAUGCUUCAACAUCGACUUGAGGCACAAAUAGAAAAGGUCCAAUAUAAUCAAACGGCAGUUAUGCUGCUGAUAGAAACAUGCGGCCUGGUGAGGGAGAAUACUUCGCGCGCUGUAACCAGCCUGGAUAAUAUGGUGCUGUAUUUUAUGAAAACCAAAGGCAGUGAAAAUGAUACAUCACUCAUGGGUCUAUUGCAUCUGGGUGAACUCUAUGAAUCGAUACGAUGGCCUGCCACUUUGGGUUUCCUAACAAUAUUACUGUUACUAUGUACGGUCUUGGUAAUUGGUGUGGCCCGACGUUCACGCUGUGCCUUGAUCUUCUUCAGUGUGUCUGGACUAUUUUGCAUUAUUAUCUGUUGGUUACUGGCUGGUGUCUAUCUGGCCUCAUCGGUGGCAGCAGGUGAUUUUUGCAUGCGUCCCCAUGAGUAUAUGUGCCGACAAGUGGGCAUGCGAAGCCCCUAUGUCUACUUCUUGAAUUGUGGAACUUUGCGUAACCGUUUCAUCUUACGCCUGAAUGAAUCUCGUGAUCUGGUGGAGCGUGCCCGUGAAUCUGUGUCUUUAAUACAUAGAAUGAGCCAAGAGACCUAUCCCCGCAUUGAUGUCCACAAAACCUUACAAGCCAUGGAUAGUGAUUUGGAGGAAACCAAACGCAAUCUCACCGUCUUAUCAGCCACCUUGGAUAGAAGAGCCAUAGAUCGCCACUAUUCAGAGGCCUUAAAGGGCCUUUGCGGUGGUGGUCUUUUGGGCUUGAGUCUUAUGAUGGUGGCUGGUUUGCUUACCUCAUUUUUAUUCACCAUAUUGGUGUAUGCUGACUCACAUGCCUGGAUUUAUUUAAGCAAGCGAAGGCCUUCUUUGGAUGCCGAUAAAUCGGAAACCGCCCCCCUAUUCCCUUCGAAUGCACCAAGUGCCAAUAUCUCACCCACAGCACCUACCCAUCACAGUGGCACCCUUAAUCGAACGUUACUGCACCAUCAGCAAGCCCAUGGCAUGGGUGUUGGCUCAAGCGGCACCCUGGGCACACGCAGCAAUGGCACCGCCAAUGGAUUGAGAUCAGGGUCCUCCUCCGGCCAUCAGACCCUGGGCCGCCUGCCAUCACAAUCGAGCUAUAUGGCCGGACCCAAUAAUGGCAAAUACGCCACUCUCAGCAAACAGUGUAAGACUUUGGAAGCUAACGACUUUUACUGAGAUUCGCUUGCCUGCUCUAAUGCAGGCAAUAGCAGCAUUCGACUUAACAGCAUCACCACAUCCACCAUCAAUGGGAUGGGAAGAAAUUCUAUAAAAAGCAUGUUCGCCUCGGCGACUCUACCGCGUUCGGCAGGCUCUUCUUUGCGAUCGGUGCUGUCGGCACAGACCACGAAUACAGUGUGUCGCUCCACUGGCAAUGGCCUGGAUCUGGACGAUGACAAGGAUCCGCGCGAUGUAACGAAUAACAGCUUCAAUCGCUUUGAUCCCAAGUAUAUAAGCAUUGGUCCCAAGGCGGUGAGGGGCAAUAAUAAUUUGAAUGUUCUGGCAGCAGCCACAGCAAACAAGUGUGCCACCUUGGGUAGGCCCCAUGGUGUACGCUAUGGUGGCUCGCUAAGAGGCACCAGUCCUUCGCCGAAUUUACGCAGUGCCAAGGUCCCUUCGAUAGCGACUGUUUCCAAGGACUACUGCCCACAGCCGGAUUGCAUACCGCAGUCGUACAAUGUGAGUGCCACAGAUGUUAUUGUGCCUAGUCAAGCGGCUCAGCCACCACCGCCACCUUUGCCACCGCCUAAGCCCAAAAAUACGUUCACUGAGAUACCCGGUACCACAGGAGUGGGAAGUUCAUAUGCCAAAGAGCUGCAGUUGCAGUUGCAACUUCAGCAGCAGCAACAACAUCAACAACAACAACAGCAGCAGCAACAAUCAAUGCAACAGCAGCAAUAUCAGCUGCAGGAGAUCCAACCGGUGCCAGCAACGCCCACAGUGCAACAGAGACCAUUGCCAGUGCAGCAUCAUCCACCGACCACACACAUAUUGCCACCGUCUGCCGUUUACAGCAUCGAAAGCUCAACUUACCAACAACAACAGCAGCAGCAGCUUCAACUACAACAGCAGCAGCAGAAACAACAACAACAACAACAGCUACAAAUACAACAUGAAGCCCCAUCACCACUACCGCCUACCCAAACCAUUCCCUCCGUUGUAUCCAGACCUUUGCCACCACAACCCUCGACCACACCAACAGUUGUCAGUGCUCCAGCGCCCCUAGUGCCAUUGCCACGAUCCUUAAACCCCAAUUCGAUUGUUAAUCAGCCCCUACCCGAUAUACCGACACAAACUCCACAGCCCCCAUCGAAAAUUUCACCACAGCCUUUGUGUGCGGCCAACUUGAAUCAGUAUCGCUCUCUGCAGAGGCCACAACAAAGCAAGUUGCAAUUGCAGCAAACCCAGCAGCAGCACCAACAGGCCCAGCAACAAAUGCAACUUCAGCCUCCCAGUUUGCCUCCCAAAAAUCGCCACAAAUCCCGUGAACACAACUCAAACAUGCAGACAUUGCCUCCCAAAUCGAGCAGCCUAAGACACCAACAGACAGCCACCGCCGUCAAUACUUAUGAGCAGGAAAGAGAUCGCGAACGAGAGCGGGAAAGACAAAGAGAUCGGGAACGUGAUCGCGAUCGAGAAAAACACGAGCGUCCCAGGCGUUCGGAAACAUUGGAUAACGCUCGCUCCAAUGCAGCCUACAUGGACUCACACGCCCCCUCGGGUAAGAAGCAACAUUCUUAUGACACCACACAAAUGCCCAGCUACCACCAAAGACAUGGCGCAGCCACCACCCCCAACAACAACUUCCAUCAUUCCACGCUGAUGUCCAAGCAGCACCAGCAGCAACUACUCGCCGAGGCCCAGCACCAGCAACAAAUGUAUUAUCGCUCUCUGAAGCGGGGUGGCACCCAGGCCAACAAUGACAUGUAUUCCGUUACGGAAUUGUAGGAAUGCGCCUGCUGCGGUGGGGGUGUAGAUGUUGUGAGGCGCUCAAAGUGCACCACAACAUCCACCGCCUCUACCGUAGCGUUGGCAAAUAACUCAUG